UGUGAGUAACACAGUCAGUGUGCUUGUGCAUUCCAACCACAGCGUUCGGUAUUUGUAUUCGGUCUCCCGCCAAUCUCAUAAUACGCCAAACCCAUCCUCACUGUCAGCUAUAGGUAACAACAAAUAGAACAAACCGCCACCUGAAGCAGGUUGCCAAUGCACAGCAAUGUACAUAGGAUCCAGGACUACUCUACCUGCAACAGGUGGAAGGACUGGAAGAAGCAGACAUAGUGUCGUCCCCAAAAAAGAUGUUCCCAUUUCAAUUAUCAAAGAUCCGCUGACUCCAGCAAGCCGGUACGGGCCGCUGUGUGCCGGCGUAGUCCCGCUGCGUCAGUUGGAUAGAGUGGUGCCGGUUGCGGUGCCCGUCCGCCGCGUGCGCUUUCAGCUGCCAUCAGCUGGCCUCGCCGCAUCAGCUGGUCUCGUGCGACACGCCGCAUCAGCCGUCGACGUGGGUCCGCCGGAGCCCGCUCUGCUGAUAGCCGCACGCGGCGCCGACGAUGACGCACUGCGGGACUUGCUGCGGCGGGCACACUCCGCUUGCGGCUUGUCCAGCGCCGUGCUCAACGCCGCUGACUCCAGUGGACGGACUGCGGUCAGCUACAUCUCCUCCAAUGGACCAGUUUCAAUAUUGGAGAGCAUAAUUCAGCUUCCCGGUAUUGAUAUAAACAAACCUGACAAUGAAGGAAACACACCUCUCCAUUUUGCGGCUCAGGCUGGGCAGGUGGAGGCUGUUAAUUUCCUUCUCAGUCGAUGUUCUGGGAUCGAAGUGGAUGCACGCAACCAUCUCGGUUUUACACCUCUCAUGAAAGCUGCUAUUCAAGGCCGCACCAAAUGUGCCAAACUUUUAUUAUUCGCAGGUGCCUCGCCAACGAUGAGAGACACAGGACGGGGGUUGCGCGCCGAGCAGUGGGCUCGCUUCUGUGGUCGCUACGUGUGCGCAGACGUCAUCGAGAAGUUGUCGCGUCAUCGACUGCUGGAACGCACCACCUCCUACGGCCACUGGGGCAGUGAGCCCGAGUUGGGGCCGCAUCUCGUCAACGGCCGUCUGCAGCCGCCGCAGAUCGCUGCCAACGCUGCCACUGCACACGCCACCGGAACGGGGAUCAAGUCAAAGCUACGCCGAGCCUUUCGCACGACAAGCACACCUUCGCAGUCGUUCUCGCUGGUGACGCAGCUGACAAGUGCUGCCCUCUGUGCCAGCUCGCCCGCCCUCCCCUCCUCACAGAGUGUGCCACCCAUUGUCAAGUCACUCAUCAGGCCACUAUCCGUGCCCAAAGUACAGGUGACAACAGAUGACGUGACCGAGACCAGACUGCCACCAGCCACCAACAACAAAUAACACAGGACUCCGGCUUCGUGGAGAAGUCGGCAGGAUUACCACAUUCAACUCAUGUCCAUUCGACCGAAACGAUGGUAGCCCAAACCAUUCUUCUAUCAUUAUUUAUCAAUUAUUCUCGCAUUUGCAACAAACAUUUGUAUUGUACAAGUGUGUAGUAGGAGAGGGAGGUUCAUUAAGGUGGUUACAUUGUCUUGAAGAAGUUUUUAAUUGGCCUACUUCUAAGUACUGUAUCAGAGUUGGAUUGCACUGAGAACAAAUUUGAUCUUAAAUCAGUACAAUCACAGCCAUCUCUAGCAUCUAAAAUACAUGGCUGUGGAGCAAUGCUAAAGAGGGAAGAUAAACUGAUUUAAGUAAUUUGAUGAUGGUUGAUGUGUUCUAGCAUUAGAAUAUCAAUAUGGAAGAAAUAUUUUUAGUUUGAUACAUAAAUUAUAGAAGUGUUCGAAUUGGAUUUAACAAUUUGACUUGAAAGUUUAUUUUGCAGUGUUGCACCAGACUACAUCAAUUUAUUCUGAUACAGGAUCACCAAUAUAUUGCAUCUAAUCAUUCUCGAGUAAUAAAUUGAAUAAUAAACUACUUACAAAUCUUUGAGUAGGUUAUUCUACUACAUUGCAUCAUGAUUAAAUUUGAAGUUAAUUGUGCUGUUACUCUUACAAUAUAAAUAAUAAUUCACAGAAUUUUCCAAUUUCAAUUUUAACCCUCAACUGAGAACUGAGCCUCCCAUUCUGCAAGCUGUGAAUCAUAAAUAAAAAUAUCCACGUUCAACAGAAAAUAAUUGGCUAUCAAUAUUAUAUCUUCAAAAACUGUAUAUUAUAUCAAAUAAUAUAAAAUCGUUCUGGAAAUGGAGCAGAUUUAGCCAUUUUGUAAUUUAGUUGUGAGAUGCAAUGAGUUUGACAUAAUUUGAUAAUUAUGAUGUAUUAGAUAUCUUCCAAUAUAUUUAUGUGUAAUUAAAAGCUACUGUAUGUAUUCCAAUAAAUAUUUUAUUUAUAUAAUA